AUGGCACCGCGCAUGCUGGAUGUCACCACGUGCUCCAGAGUGACAACAAUAUUUCCCGGGCCGAUAUUCCUGUGUUGUUUCCUUCUCCCUCCUGCAGGUGAAUUCCGGGUCCAUUCGGCAGACUCCAGGCAGGUGGUGGAAGUGGGAUCGGACGCAACGCUGCCAUGCAGUCUCUCCCCUCCGUUCGGGCCCACGGGCCUCAAGGUGCACUGGUUCCGCUCCUUGUUUCACUCCACUGUGUUCCUGAUGAAGAACGGAAAGGAGGAGAAGGACCAGCAGAGCGCCGAGUACGCGGGCAGAACAUCGCUCCGCAACGGGACCGGGUCUGCAGAACUGACGCUUCUCCUGCGUAACGUCGCUCUGGCGGAUGCCGACACCUAUCACUGCUUCGUGGAGGACAUCACCGGCGGGCACUACGAUGAGGCCGUCAUCGAGCUCACCAUCAUAGGUUCUGGUUCCCUCCCCGUCGUGUCCGUCUCUGUCAAAGAUGGCGGCGUGGCGGUGUCUUUCCUCGCUUCCGAUUGGUUCCCCCGGCCGAAGAUGCAUUGGGAGCUGGAAGGUGUCGCCGUCGCCGACGCAUCAGAGACCGUCUCCAACCAAAGCAACGGACUGUUCACCUUGGAGAGCAGCGUCCUGCUGAGGAUCCCCGGCCGCCGGCGUCUAUACGGCGCAGCGCGUCACCCCGUGACCGGGAAAUUGACUGGACUUCAUGUGACUGUCUCAGAGGAAAUGUUCCCGCGGCUCUCAUCCUGGGUCUACGCCUUCCUGUUUGUUGUUCCCCUAUUGCUGGUCGGCGCGGCAUUUCUGAUAUUUGCCAUAAAAAGACAGAUGACCCAGAAAGAGGCGCAGCAGAGAAGAAACGAUUGGAGGAAAGCGGUGAUGACCCCAGAGUACAUCACAUUCUCCCCUGAGACCGCCCACCCGGAGCUGUCCGUCACUGAGGACUCCCUAACCCUGGUGAACCAGCCUCCUCCUGACAUGCCUAUGCCGAGUAACGUCCGUUUCGAGACUGAGCGUUGCUGCCUUGGGUUCCCGGCCUUCACCUCCAGGUGCCACUACUGGGAGGCGGAUGUGGGAGGUGGACUGGAGUGGGCAGUGGGCGUUGCUUCUCCACAGCUGCAAAGACAAGGUGAUGCCUACAUGUUCCACCCCCAGGCGCUGAUUUGGUGCAUCGCCCGAUUUACGGAGACCUUUAAAGCUUUGGACACGCCGGAGAGUCCACUGGCCAUGGUGGAGGGCACCUUGGAGAAGGUUGGAGUCUACCUCAAUCUGUCAGGUCCAAGGGAGCUCACCUUCUAUGACCCCCAAAGCUGGGAUGUUCUCUAUUCCUUCACCAAUGUGGGUCGGGAAAGGGAAAGUGUCCUGCCGUUCUUCUGGCUUGGCAGAAAUGGUGGCAGCAUACAGUUACAAAUGAACCAGUUGCCUAUAAACAUGGAGGCUGUCCAAGAAUUUAACCAUUCAGUCUUAAAGUAG